AGCUUCAAGACCAAGACCAAAAUCCAACAUAAACAGGCCACAAGAAGAAGAGCGGCUCGGAUAAUUAGAAAUGUGUGGAUAAUUCGUGCGUUCCGUGUGUGUUAUUUAUCCUUAAGAAACCCAAAGCAAGCAGACAAGCGUGAGGAUACUAAUGGUUGCCUGGGAGGGAGAAUAAACACUUGAAAAUACGGAAAAGAAGAUGGGCCUUCUAACAGACCCAGGCAUGGACCAGUCACCUCUGCCAGCCGUGUUGGAGCGCCACCACCGCCUGCUGUGUGUGUGUCUGUACAUCUUUGGCUGUGUGUGGUUUCUGGCACUUGCACACAAUGCACUCAACCAUGGGACAUACUUCUCGGAGAAUGCACUGCUGCCGGGGCUGGUCCAGGGUGACUUUCAGGGUGAUUCCGAGGCCUUGCGCUACCUUGAGAGCCUGGAAGAGGAGGGGAACAAGCACCCGUCAUCCAUGCCUCACCCGUGGCUGGUUGGACAGUUCACCCAGCUGGGCCUUGACACAUACACCCAUUCCUUCACCCUGCAGUACCCGAUGGGCCGUGGGAAGAACUUUACCGGCCGCAACGUUUAUGCCAUCCUGAGGGCAUCGCGAGGCAGCAGCACCGAGGCCCUGGUAGUGGCGGCCCCCUACCGACCCCCCUCCUCACUCCUGCAAACCACCGCCCCUUCCAUCGCCCUAAUGCUGGCCAUGGCAAAGUUUUUCUCCAAACAAGUAUACUGGGCCAAGGAUGUUAUUUUCCUCAUCACUGAACAUGAGCAGUUGGGUGCCCAGGCCUGGCUCGAGGCUUACCAUGGCCCCCCACCCACCAGCCACACCCCAUCCCCACCUCUGCUGGACCCUGGCAACUUGGAGGGGCGGGCUGGGGCAAUACAGGCCGGCAUCAACUUGGAGGUUCACAGCCCUCAUGUGACACAUCUUGACGUGAGGUUGGAGGGCCUGAAUGGACAGCUGCCCAACCUUGACCUGGUCAACCUCAUCCAUCGUCUCUGUCAGCGUGAGAAUGUGCCGCACACCUUCAAGAACAGGGCUGACCACCCUAGGCCAGAGACUCUACAAGGAUGGCUGCACCAGCUAAGCACCCUAUUGGCCAUGGUGACUGCCCAGGCCUCGGGGGUGCCCACUGGUAACCAUGGACUGUUCCACAAAUACGGCGUGGCAGCAGUGACAGUGUCUGGGGCAGCGCGGGGCGAGGGUGAGCCGGCGGUGGGUGUGGUGGGGCGAGGCAGGUCAGUCAGGCUUCACCAGGUUGGACGUGUGCUGGAGGGAGUGUGUCGCUCGCUCAACAAUCUACUCGAGCGCUUUCAUCAGUCCUUCUUUUUCUACCUCCUGCCAGCGACGAACAGAUAUAUUUCCAUAGGUGUUUACAUGCCACCCUUCAGCCUGAUCGCUGGGGGGGUGCUGGUGAAAGCUCUCGCUCUGUGGUAUUCAUCAAGCUGUGGAGAGGCUGUGAAGGACGGAGAGGGAGGAAAGAGUAAGGUCAACUACAGCCUGCUCCAGUGGGUUCCAGUGGUGGUAAUGAUACACGGGGCCUGCAUCCUACUCUCGUCCUGCCCUGCCCCUCUCUCCCGACUCGGCCUGGCCCUGGAGCUGAUCCCGGAGGACAGUGUGGCCCUGGGCGUGUGUAGCGCUUGUCUGGCCCUGAUGCUGGUGGCCAUGUCUCUUUCUAGGUAUCUCGUCAAGCCAAACAGCAGCUGGGAGGUUCUCAAGAUCUUUGCCGUGCUGGAGUUGGGUGUUCUUCUCUUUGCUGGGGCUGUCUACAACUUCUCCCUGGCUCUCCUUAUAGCUGUCAUAUACACACCAACUGCUCUUAUGGCCUCACCCUCUGCUAGCAGAUUACUCCGUGCGGGCAAGUCAGCACUACUUCUCCUGGUCCAUCCUCUGAGCCUCCUAUACCUCGCUGUUAUGUUCGACACAUAUUCCAAUUUCCCCGAACUCAGCGUGCUCAAACUGUUGAGUAAGGGCGCUGUAGGGGCCAAACGUGCUCUUAUGUAUAGUGUGGUGGACUCCUUUAUCUACUCCAAUUGGGUGUUUGAUGUGGCAACGCUGUGUCUGCUCCCGGUGUGGCUGUUGCUGUGGCAGAUUGUACAUCAUAAAGUUAGUGUUGAGGAGGGUAAGUGUAAGAAGGAGUAAGUGUGUGUUCGUGUGUGUGUGUGUGUGUGUGUCUUAGAUUUCUCCAUAAUUUAACCCCUUCACUACGGCCGGGCCAAAACAGCGCCCCGCGCCAUAUCCAAGAUCACCGCUUGCACCAAAUUUCAAAUGUCGUAAUUGAAUAUAAGUAUAAAUAUAAGAUAAAAUAACUCGUAUAUUGGCUAUAUAAAUAUAAGAUAAAAUAACUCAUAUAUUGGCUAAAGCGAGCCAGGACGCAGUAUGCUCGUCCUCGGAUAUGGCACGUAAGGACGCAGUAUACGCAUCCUCGUGUUGAAGGGGUUCAGAUCACCAAGUUUGUGUCCUUUAUAUAUUGUUCAAGCUAAAGUGUGUGUGUGUGUGCAUUCAAGUCAUUCCCAUAUAAUAUAAUGUUUCCUUUUUUGAUACUUUUUUGUUGCUAAUUUUCUUCUUUUGUACCUUCAGAAUUGACAAGUAUUAUUAUUAUAGGGUUCAUUGCUAGCCAGGAUGAUGUAUGGCAUUAUUGAUACUUAAGAUUAGCAAUAAUUUUUUGUGUGAAUCUGCCUUUAUUCAUGUAACCAUCAGAGAAAGAGAGAGAGAGGGGGGGGGGGGGAGGAGGAGGUGUUACUGGAUACAAUAUAGGCUACAUUCAUAUCAAAUAAGACAAAAUGGUAAAUUAUUAUUAUUACAGAAGAUGACUACUGUUGAUUGUAUUUCCCGUUUCACAUCUCCCUUGUAUUUUCUUCCACAACAAUAGAAAAAUAAUACUGUACAACACUUUUCUUUACCAUACAAUAGUUUGCCAUCCAGAUAAAUGUUCAGAAUGGAAGAUGAAGAGGAUCAUAGUAAAUGGUAAAUGGUAAAAGUGUAGGAAGAAUCAAGAGGAGACUCUACAAAUAGGGUAGCUAAGAAUGGCAAGAGGAUUAUUAAAAAGGAUGUCAAAAGGGCAAUUAUCUGUGGCAUAAAGGAUCUUAUUGAGGGCUGGGCCUAAGUUUUGCCCUCUAUAAUCUGUUUCAGCUUCUGGAUGUUGUGGAGUAUGAGUCAUAACUAAUUUUCUUACUGCUUCUAUUGAUUUGGUUUUGUGUUUUAAAGUAAUUUCUUCUGUCACUGAUGAUGAGUCCAAGAUAUUUGA